AAAUGAACACGUAUCAAGAACAUCUAACGAAGUGAAUGCCAAUCAUGGUUGGACUUCAACUUCACAACGUCCCAGACUAGUUUCAAAAACAGGACAAACCUUGCUCACUAACGUCGAGUUACCGCAGAGAUUUCGUGCGAAAUACAAAAACUGGUUUCAUCUCAUCAUCGAAUGCAACUGGCGGACAAUAAUUGUUGUGUUUAUUACCGGAUUUCUUGGAUCAUGGACGUUUUUUGGCACGCUUUACUAUGUGGUUACUGUCGUUGGCUUUGAAACGGUUAGUUCAUCUCUGUCAUCAAUGAAUUUCUGUCAUACAAAAUUGUCGUUCUAUUUUAGCAUGGAAUCUCAGCACACAAUCGGCUACGGUUUUCGAUACAUGACGGAAAGUUGUCCGCCUGCUUAUUUUAUCCUCUCCAUACAGCUAAUUGUUGGAGUGUUUCUCCAAACGAUGCUCACUGGUAUUGUCCUCGCCAAAGUGCUCCGACCAAAAAAGCGAAAGCAAGAGAUACGUUUCUCAAGAAUGGCUAUUGUUGGUCCUUUGGAUGAACACGACAGGCGACCUGCGUUAAUGAUUCGUUUAGCCGAUAUUCAAGAAAAUCUGUUUCUUGCUGAGUCUCACGUGCGCCUCUAUAUGGCAAACAGCAGAAUAAAUAGUAGAGGCGAUAGGGAGUUAAUUGGAGUGAAAGAUAUUAAUGUAGGAUACGAUAGUGGGUGGGAUCGAGUUCUUCUACUGUGGCCGAUUAUUGUCCGACAUGUGAUAGACGAAUCAAGUCCAUUACACGGUCUCACAAAAGAAUCUUUACUUUCGGCAGAAUUUGAAUUAAUUAUGACCGUCGAGGGUAUCGUUGAAGCGACAGGGAUGACAUUCCAGGCUAGAACAUCAUUUCUUCCAAACGAAAUACUCUGGGGUCAUAAGUUCAAACCGAUGGUUUUGAUGAACGAGAAAUUAUCCAAAUACGAGGUUCACUAUGGGUUAUUUGACCACACCGAAAGGCAUGACAAUGCACCACUGUUAACAACGAACCUUGCCUACUCACCAACUUGCUCGCAACCUUAG